CAGUUUCUUUUUAAGCUUCGCCCCAAUUGGACGUUUUCGCAAGGACUUGGUCCCGCUGACUGGGUAUUUAACGCGCGCGCUUCAAAUAUAAUAAUGAAAUAAGCAAGGAUUCACACAUAUACUAAUAUAAUAAUAACUUUGAAACCAUAAAAAUAAUUAACGAAAAUAAAGUGCAAAGCUUCACAAUGUUUUUGCGUAUCUGUGUGUGUGUGUCCUUCGUAGCGCGUCUGCUUUUGCGUCCAUUCAUUGCACGCAUUUGCUCCUUACAAUGCCUUACCACUUACAUACAUACUUACGUGUAUGCAGGCGUAUAUGUAUGUGUGUGCGCUUCUUAGGAAAUUUCGUGCGAUUUAAUUCGUGCAUUGUUGUUUUUAUUGCAGUCACCUGCCAGCAAUAAACUCGCAUUCCAUUUGACAUUUCGGUAAUUUUGCGCACGCUGUAAAUAUUUGGUGCACAAGAAGGAGAAAAAACAAAAAACAAAAAAAAAACAAAAAGUAGAAGAAAAAUCAAAGUCAAAGCGCAAAAACACUCAAUAUAAAUAUUAUAUGAGAACAGUACAAUAAAAAGCAGCAACAAAAACGCGCUUUGUGGCAAAUGAAAGAAAUCAGGGUCACGCAUGGCGAGAAAAAAGUGAGUUGGCAGGCAAGCUGGUCCUUAAAAAACAAAAAUUUCGUGCUAAUUCCCCUCACUGUGAUAUAACUUAUGCAGCAGAACAUAACCUAAAAAAAAUUCAAUAUAAAUACAAACAAACUACUUUUAGUACCUUAAUAACAUAAUAAAGGCAACAUUUGAGCGCGAACACAUAUUAACUAACAUAUGUACAUGAAAAUAUACAUAUAAAGCACAUGUAUAUAAAACUACAUAAUCUAUAUUAAAGAAGAAGAAAGUGACAACCACUCGACUUUUAUGCGCAAUUUGUCGUUUGAUUAUAUCUUACAAACACACAACAACACAAAGCAGCACUCCCACACAUAAGCACAUUGUUCAGCUACGUGUGUCAGAAAAAAAGCAAAAAAAAGUGGAAAGUGAAAAUAGAAUAGAAUAGCAGUAAGUUUCCAUACCACGUCGCCAUUGCAAGUCACUUUUAAGUGGCGCCCCCAGCUAACAGCGGCAGCCUCCAGUGUCGUCGAGCGCAAGUGAGCAGACACUUCACCUCACUUGCCGAGAAAUCGCAAAACUUGUUGCCGGAAACUUGUCGUGGUGCGGAUAAGGACAAUGGAGUCGCAACAAAAAUCGGUUUUCAUGCUACUCUUCACUCUAUGCCUUACAUUUAGCGCUGCCCUCGAGGAGGACUGCAUUGAUUUCCAGGGCAAUUCCGUCAAUCAUGGCAUGCUGUAUGUGCCCGGGCCGGGUGUCUGCAGUCUGUGUGUCUGCUAUCACUCAGAGCCGCUUUGGUGCAAGGCCAUCUACUGUGAUCCACCCUAUUUCUGUAAAAAUUUCCGUGUAGGCGAGCGCUGUUGUGAGUUCGAAUGUUUAGAUCCGCCCGGAGAGGAUAAUAAAUAUCAGGAACGCAUGCGAAAGCGAGCGGAAAUACUGGCUGGCAAUAGCACUGCAUCGAUGCAUCGCAUCACUCCACUCGCCGUCUCCACCAUAGUGUUUACAGUUAUAACAAAUAGCUUUUUGAAUUUAUAACUUCAAGCGAAAGGCGAAAUCACAGAUGGUGGCUGGUGGUGGUGAAGCGCGGAGGAGGUGUUGAGAGCAAAAUGUGGCGAAACAAAGUAGAAACGGAAAGCGCCUUAUUCGUGUGUCUGUCGCUGUGUGUGUGUCUGUAGAGUACUAGUAAAGCAGGAAGUCGCUGACGGUGGUGGUCUAACAAAUUUUUGCGCAAAAAUUCGCGCAUAUUUACUAAGCUAUAGUACGUGCUAGCAUAUAAAUGCAUAAAAAUAUAUGCCAGUAUAUGGAUUUAGCACAUUUUUUACAUACUUCAAUAUAACAAUAAAUUAGAGCAGGAGGUAAAAACAAUCUUAGUGGGAAAAUUAUGAAAAAUU